AUGUGGCUCCUGGGCACCGCGCGCGCGAACCUCGUCUUCUUUCCCCAACCCGAAGACGUUCGUGGAGGCUACGCUAUCCUGUCGCACACCUGGGGAAGAGAAGAAGAGACGUUUCAAAAGGUUCAAAAGUUGAACGAAGACUCAAACAGCCCCUUCUCCCCGGAGGAACAGCUUCAAUCAUUCCUUAAGCUCGCCGAACAGCACGGGUACAAGUACGCUUGGGUCGACACAUGUUGUAUCAACAAGGAGAGCAGUUCCGAGCUCUCGGAAGGCAUCAAUUCCAUGUUCCGGUACUACGCCCUCUCCAACAUCUGCUGCGUCUACCUCAGCGACGUUAAAUACUCAGACACUGCCAAUUCAGACAAGAUGUGGGUCGCCUUCAAGAAAAGCCGCUGGCACUGGCGGGGCUGGACUCUCCAAGAGCUGAUCGCGUCCCGCAUGCUCGUGUUCUAUUCCGAGGAGUGGGUAUGUCUAGGCACCAAGUACGAGCUCGCCGAUCGCCUAGAAGAAGCAACCCAGAUCUCCGCGGCGGUCCUCCGCUUCGAGAGCCCGUUUACCGACGCGAGCAUCGCGACGCGCAUCUCCUGGGCGGCACGUCGGGACACCACGAGGCCGGAAGACGCCGCCUACAGCCUCUUCGGGCUUUUCGGGGUGAACAUGCCGACGCUGUACGGCGAAGGGCGGCACGCAUUCUGCCGGCUCCUCAUGGAGAUCUCGAAGACAUCGCGGGAUCCUUCGAUUUUUCUCUUGGGGGAAGGACAAUAUGUGCACAACUUGGAUCGCCUCAAAUCGUACCUCCAGGGAAAUCCCCAAAGCCAAAACCGUCGUCAUCUUCUCCCCCUUCGGCCUUCGGCCACCCUUCGUUCUGUGUUCUACGACCCAAGUGCACGAUCUCAGACAGGACAAAAUGAGGUACGCUGA